CUGAAAAUGUGGACAAGCGUAGCGAUAUAAAAAUCGCGUCCGUGCCGUCGGGGCGUAAACAGUCAGUUUAUCACGAUGUGGUGGCUGGAAGGGCUUAGGUCGGGGAUGGGCCGUCUGGAGAUCCUGUUGCUUGUUUACACCUUGCUCUGCUCUCUCGGAGAUUGCCUGUUUGUAACUGACUAUUUCACCCGGACGCCUCGCAAGCUCAACGCAUACCGCUCUUUUGCCAGCGUGGAGCUGUUCCACUUCAACGUGCCUGAAGACACCGUGGUGGCUGUUUGGAACCUCAUCACCUUCAAGGAGCAGGGGGGCACCUUCGGAGACAGCUGCCCAGACCGCAACGUGACAGUGUACUUCAGGUCAGGAGCUCCACCUGUAAUCAACCCCCUCCAGACACGUUUUCCAAAGGACACUAUUGUACCAGGCUCCUUCGCUGUCACUUUGACAUGGACGCUGCCCAACCGCACCACAGGGGUUUUCAAUGUCACCAGCCCCCUCCCAGGAGACUGGUUCCUGGCUGCACACUUACCAAAGGAUAAGGGGAAGAUCUCAGUCAAGGGUCUUCUCGAGGAAUGUCAAUACCUCUUUCAACCUCAGCUCAUUGUUCAGAGGCUCAUUGGGAUUUCAGUGCUGUAUCCUGGUUACUUCAUUGACCAGAUGAUUCCUCUUCAUAAUAGAUCUGUACUCUACAAAGUGUUCAUCCCAAACUACAUCUCUCGGGUGAAGGUACAGCUUGUGGACUGCAAUACAAAGAACAAAAGUGGGGAGAGCUGUCCGGUUUUGUUGAAAAUCUGCUCGAGGGCCCCGCCGGUGCAUAACUCUAGCGCCGUGGACUGCAGAGAGAAUGUUCCCUGUGAGCUGGAGGUCCCGCUGCCAUCCUGGGAGCAGUGGUACUAUAUUUUGGUGGAGCGUUACCUCAGUAGCUCAGAUGUGUACUUUCGCAUUGGCGUUCAGGUUAAAGACUGUUCCAAGCCCAGCGUCUCCAAGGGCUCCUCAGCCAUGAACAUGCCCCAGUCAUUUGGCACUGCGAUGGGGUUCUCUCUGUCAGAUACCCUGCCGGCUGCCAGCCUGCCUAACGUGCCACAGAACCCUUCGGAUCAAGGAUCUCUGUUAACUGCUGAAGAAAGCAUCACUUACUUAGCACCCAUGGCAGACACAAAUAAAUGCUGGCCCAUCCGGCCAACGCUGCGGAAUGAACUGGACACAUUUUCAGUUCAUUUCUACAUCUUUUUUGGACCCAACAUCUCCAUCCCUCCAGACGGGGCAGCGAUAUUUGCCAUCAACCUAAUGCCGGUGCUGGACAGUGGAGGUGUCCUCAACAUGGAGCUCAAACUCAAUGUGUCUUCAGUGAGAGGAGAGAAUAUUACGAUCUUUGGCUGCCUGAAUCAUGGGAUGCCGCUGUCCCCUCACGACAACACGUCAGUCUCAUGUGAAUCUGAGUCAGUUUCAGGAUUUCAUCUCUCCAUUAACACCACCACAAAUAUCACCAAGCUGAGGAUUCCCUACCCACAGACGGGCACGUGGUAUCUGAGCCUGCGGUCCCUGUGUGCCACUGAACACGGGUUUGAAAUGUGUAAUAAUGUGACAGCUGAGGUGUAUCUUCGCUCUUACCUGACCCCCUGCAUCAAUGACUGUGGCACCUAUGGCCAGUGCAAACUCCUGCGCACCAACAACUACCUGUAUGCUGCAUGCGAGUGUAAAGCAG